AUGGCGUCUAGAAUCACGCAAAGCCUCACCUUUCAUCAAUCACCAGGAUCGUUCAUCUUCGAUCGCUCGCAAUGGCCCGAUUCUGAUGAUACAACGCGAGCUGAGCGUAUCCCGCCUGUGGUCACCGCAGAGAUCUUGAACCGUAAUGUUCAUAUAGUCUCAUCCUACCGACUCUGCAAAGCCAUAUUGACCUGUAAUGAAACGAGUGGUGCCCGCGAAGCUGAGCCCAGUAGUGGAGAUGCCCGACUUGAUGGUCAGAAGCUUCCACCAGAUACCUUCACUGCAGGUCCAGCAUACGAACAGCUGAUGGCCGCGUUCUUCCCUCCGCCGGACAUACUGCUACAGGAUGGAAAAUCCCACCACGAGAGCAAAAACAAAUGGAAGACAUCGUUUGCUGGCUUGAUCGAAAAUUGCAUUCCGCACGUUGAGAUUCUCACAAGACAGGCCCUCAACCUACAAAUUGGUCCAUUCCCACGAGACCGACCUUUCGACCUGUAUGAAGCACUGAAAGAUUUUGCAUGGGACCUAUUACUCGGCGUUUUCCUUGGUCUGCGCCGUGAUACGAACAAAAAGAACUUCGGCGAGAUAGUGAGCCGCCAAGAAGAUCUUCUCCGCGGCCAAUUUUCCCUGUUCCCAGUCGCUCUAAGUGUGCCGUUCUGGUCUUCCGCCAGGAGUCGUGGUCUGAAGGCGGUGCGUAAUCUUGGACCGGCUAUGCGGAAACACUUAAACCAUCAGUGGGAAAGAUCCCAACAGCCUAGCGAAAGUGGGCAAUCAUGUCCAUUCGCGCAUGGAAUCAAGGCUGGCUCAUCUGGCUUGAGCGAAGAAGAGAUCGUCUCUCAUACCCGCCUCUUCACAAGCAGCAUCGCCAAUAAGGCUUUAGCAUCCCUCCUCACGGCUUAUUUCAUGAACAUGUUCUUGUGGAGAGAUUCAGAGCAUCAACACGAUGAAGGAUCUCUUGCAAGUCUGGUGGCGAGCCAAGCGGAUCCCGACACCCGGCACUCUAUGCUAUCGAGCAUCCUACUCGAAACUGCCAGACUCAGCCCGCCUGUCGUGGGCGUAAUGCGGCGCAGCAUGGAGACUGUCAAGCUUGAGCAAGAUAUGGCGCCGGACGAAUCGAGCUCCCACACCAUCCCCGCAGGCCACGAUGCGUGGCUUUACUUUGUCGCAGCAAACCGAGACCCAUCAGUGUUCAAGGAUCCUGGAGAAUUUCGAUGGGAUAGAUUCAUGUCUGGCGAAACUUCCCAGGAUCUCGGUCUGGCAUUUGGAGCGGGGUGCAAAACGUGCCUUGGUGCAGACCUGACUCACCAGAUCUGUAUCACGGUGAUGCAUACACUACUGGACUGUGGCUUGAAGAUAGAAGGGAGGGUGGAGGAAGCGGGCGUGAAGCAGUGGCUGGGGUGGGACCGGAGCCCAAGUCCAGAAGCAAUGGCUCGCGAUCUCAAACAGCUACCAUGUCAAAAACCAAGGCGGCCAGUGAUGGUCACAUUAUGCCGUAACUCGAUGGAGUAA